AGAAGACCAGAGCACAGUGUCCAGGAAGAGGAGGGUUGGAGAUGGGAGACUGGGUAAUCGGUGCGGUCUGCAGAGUCCUUGCCAAAGACGUAAGCAUGGAUACAGAGGCAAUGGAAGAAGAGUUCAAUGUCACGCCAGGAAGAUGAGGGUCCCGUUGCUGGUUCUGGCUUUGCUGGUCACAGACUCCGCACUCGGUGAUCCGUGUGUAAACCACACCGUCCUGGAUCAGCCCUGGAGGAGCACAAAUUGUUACAACACUGAAUGCACCGGAGGACAAUUGAUGGAUGAUGGAAAUCUUGAAGUGGUUUGGUACAGACUGAACAGUUCCGGAGGAUGGAAGAUUCCGGAGACGGUCGUUCCACAGUAUCAUUGCUCCGGGGAGAACCCAGGCUGGUUAAACGGUAGGGUCAGAGUUUACAUCAGUGGGGCUCAGUUAUUUUUUGGGAGUGUCAAACGAUGACCCAGAUCUCUUCAGAGGACCCUAGCAUGGUCACAGAACCCCAUCUUCCAGAGAGGUC